GUCAAAUCCAAAACAUUUGUGAGUAACGCAUAGAUGAAACCUCAACCUGCAGUUGGUGCUGGGAAUGGCCUCCUUUGGCUGGAAACGUAAGGUGGGGGAAAAAGUUUCUAAGACGACAGUGCAGCAGUUUGAAAAGGACUCGGAGCAGGCAGAUGAUGAGGAUGUGGAGAGGGAGGGAGCUGAUUGGCUGCAUGUCAUCAAACGACGGCGAGAGGUGCUGCUGGAGGAUUGUGCUGCUAAGAGCAAGAGACUAAAGGAUGAAGGGAUGCUGCUCGCUGAGCAGGGCAGCCAGGUCCCAUGGGAUAAGACCCGGCGACCAGGCGCUCGCAAGAACUGGGAGGCAGUGAAGAGGUGGGAUGAGGCGAUUCAACUCACACCAGACGAUGCUGUGCUGUAUGAGAUGAAGUCACAGGUGUUGAUCACCCUUCAAGAAGUGUUCCUGGCUGUGCAGUCUGCAGAGAUGGCCUCCAGACUCCGCCCCCUCUGGUGGGAGGCGUGGCAAACUCUGGGCCGCGCCCAACUAAGUCUUGGCGAAGUAGAACUAGCUGUACGGUCCUUCCAAGUUGCAUUGCACCUGCAUCCAUCUGAGCGCCACCUCUGGGAGGAAGACCUAGGCUGGGCCCUACAGCUCCGGGACCAGCAAAAAGCUCUCAGUGAAAGAGAGAAACAGGAAGCUGAAGCCCGAAGGCUCCUUUCGGAAGCUCCUGAGCUAAAGAGUGAUUAUGAUUUUGAAAGCGAUGAAGUGAUUGAAGCUUGCACUUCCAUGGCUGAUAGACAGAAAAAAUAUGAGGACCUAAAGAAAACGGCGGUUGUUGUGGACGCGCACGGGGUUGCCAGAGAGGUGAUUGUUGAAGAUGACAGCGAACCCGCUUCAUCCUCACAGAGUGUUUUAGUCAAGGCACGAGUGAAAUAGAGGCUGGUUUUGUGUCUCCUCAUCUGUGUAUAUGGUUUAGAUUAUGUAUGUAUUGUUAAAUUUAUCUGAUAAUCCAGGGUUCUGAUUGAUGUCCUCAUAGUGUUAAACAAAGUUACUGUUCCCAGUGAAUUUGUAAAGUGAGUAUCAGAUUCCAAGAAGAUUUUGAAAUGCUUCUGGAUCAUUUUCACUCAAACAAGAGCAUAAAUUAUUUCCUUUUA